AUGCUUAGUGUAUUUGAGGAUGUCACAGAAAUGUGACUGGAUGAGGUGGAUGCUGGAGAGGAUAUGAUUGCUAUCAGAAGCAUCCUAGAUGCUGGCAGAUUCCACUGAUUCUCUCUAAUGAGGGAGAAGAGAAGCCCCUGGGGAUGGCACUACUACAGAACAGACCUCAUCUUGCAGUACAGACUGCAGGAGGGCGAAGCAUCAUGUGACAGUUGGAGCUGGGCUCCCAGGUCAGUAAGAGAUGGACGAGGCAGAGAGAGAAACUACCCCUCUCAUUCCAAAAAAAUUAACAGAAAAGAAGACCUGUUCCUGACGUCAGAAACUCUAGAGACAGAAGAGGAGGAAAACCUCAAAGGAGAGCAGCAAUAUAACAUUCACUUCAGGGAAGUGACUAUCCUCUAGGAGCAGAUUGUGGACUAUUGAAUAAAACAGCUUAUUUUGAAAGAAUUGUGUUUGGAAGAUUCUAGAAACAUGAAGGAGAAAGUGUAGGAUAUUGUGAGAGGCCUCUGGGAUCUGACUGGGAAGGAGCGAAAUAUGGUGCUAAGAUCACUAAGUACCUCAGCAAGGAAGAUGGGCAGUCCACCAGAUCCUCUCAUAAGCAGCCUUUUCAAUAUUGCUGGGCACUUAGUAGAAGUGUGUGCAGAAGCCAUUCAGGAAGUCUUGGAUGCCUUGAUAGGUGAGCUGUCUGAGGAGCAGCAGCAGUUUGUGGCUAAGGCACUGCAAAAUGGGAUCCUGGCCCAGUUGAAGGACCGAACCGAAGAAACUUAUGAAACACAGAAGGAGGAAGAAGACAAGAAGGCCCUGAGAAACGUUUAUCAGAUGCCUGUGCUGCAGGGUAUCGACACUUGCCAAGGGUGA